AUGGCGAUCUUCUUAGACAACAUUAGCCCCGCGAAAGCGACUCUGCUGUGUGGCACUGCCGGAAUCGUUUCGAGCUCUGUCUUCUACUGCAUGAACACGACCAUCAACUACUUGACCUUCCCAACAAUUCUUCUUGGUCAACCUCCCCGCCCAGGAUCCAAAGCCUCUGGAAACUUCUUUGUACACGCUAUGGAUGUCCCAGCGAGCAGUGUGUCGCAUCUGAACCGGCAGUGGCAGGAGAUAUAUUUCAGAGGACACCGCAUUGGCCCUGCAUUGGCCAUUAUAGGAGGAACUGUGUUUAGCACCGCUUCGUACCUUUCUGAUCAGGUUUUUGUCAAGCAAGUCUUCGCAGCGGCUACUAUAUCAUCGUUUGCCAUUGUCCCCUACACACUUUUGUUCAUGCUCUCGACCAAUGACGAGCUUCAUCGGCGCUCAUUCGCUAUCGUCAAAGAUCCGUUGGCCUCAAAGAACAUGGAUGAAUCAGAGACAGCUGCUCUAAUAUCAAAAUGGGUUGCUUUGAGCAAAGUUCGGGCAAACAUUGCUUUGUUAAGUGCAUGCCUUGGUGUCGUCGGCAUCAUAGCCUUGAGCUGA